UUUUUUUGGUAUGUGUGUAUCCAGUUGAAGAAGAGACAAUUAUGAACGAAUGAACGUCAGUGGGCUGGAAAACAAAAACAGCACAGACAGAUAAAAGUUGCCACGGAGUGGGUCCAGUGGGUCCUCUUCAAUCCUGAUUUCAAACCUUCCUGAUUCAGUGGGAAUCAGGGGUUCCAGCAGAUGGGCAUAGAGUCGGCGGGAAUUGGGGUGACAAACAGACAAGACAACAGACACGACACAAGGGGGUGUGGAUCUGAAGCCCGAGGGGUCCUGAGGUGACAGCGCCUGGAAGUGGGACUGGAGGAGCCGGCGGAGGAGAAGAUGGACAGGGCCAGGCCUGGGCGUCGGCGAGCUUCAUCAGAGAUUGUUACAGAGGGAAAACGGAAAAAGUCAUCACCAGCUGAUUUACAGAAGAUAACAAAGUUGUUAACUGUAAAGUCAGAGGAUGUUCUUGCUCAGUCACCAUUGUCCAAACUCAGAGGCUCAGAAUGCUGGUGGACAAGAAGCCUAAGAAAUAAAGUCAUCUGUCUAGACCACAAAAAACCAAAAGCUGCCCGUGGGUGUCCUCCUAAGGGAUUACCAAAAAGGCAUCUCAGAGUUAUGUUGACGAAUGUUCUAUGGACGGACUUAGGACGAGAAUUCAGAAAGACCCUGCCUAGAAAGGAUGCUAAUUUAUGUGCUCCCAGCAAGGUGCAAUCAGACUCAUUGCCUUCGACAUCUGUUGACAGCAUAGAGACAUGUCAAAGAUUAGAUCCUCUUCACCAAAGCCUUAAUUUAUCCGAAAGGACACCCAGAGUUAUACUGACGGAUAUCCGGCAAACAGAAUUAGGAAGAAAAUAUUUAAAGAUCCCACCUGUAACUGAGGCCAGUUUGAGUGAUACAGCCAACCUGAAAUCAGAGCAACUUUCUUCAUCAUCUGAUGGCAGCUUAGAGUCUUGUCAGAGUGUAAAUCAUCACAAGAGCUUUUUAUCUGAAAGGCUUACCUCUAAAAAAGGGAAAAAGAGCACUACUGCCACAGGCCAGACGGAGACUGACCAGCCAUCUCCUGGACCUGCCUGCACCAAUAAAGCUGCCUUUGUCAUCUGACUAAACAGUUCUGAGACAAGCAGAUGCUGACAGCCUUGGGACCUUCCAGUGACAGAUAAACUCUCUUGCUAAAUCAAAUAGAUAACUGUUUUUUUUUUUAAACCGAUGUUAAUAUCCUUACAGACUCUGUACAAACUCGAUUUCAAUCCACUAAACAUUAGUUGGUUCAGUAACUCCUUGCCUUGCUAGCCCCCAUCCCUUGUUACUUCUCUGGCUUGUGUUGUGUUUGAUGCUUGACGCUUAUACCCACCUACCCGGAAUUUUCACUACAAAUAACAUUCGAAACAGUCACUCUAAUGACAUUUCUUCUUUAUAAAAGGAAAAGGAGGAGUUGUGGGGCAGUGGACUGUGCUAGGAAACUUGGUAAGGUUGCACAGUUGGGAAGCCCUGGAACCUCUGAGAGGGUGGUAAGAGCUUCACCUGCUCCUGACCUGUCCCCUGUCACGUGACCACACUCUGCACAUAAGGACAUGACCUGUGGUCACAUAGAUUAGAGUUCUCCAUGCUGGUGCGGUACCUAGAGGCCCCGAGGGCUUAGCCAAUAAGCCUCCCUUCCUGGACAUUCAUUUCUUCCUGCAAAAGGUAUUUAAUCUCUGGUCUACCCUGAGGAGGUGGUAUGCACCUAUUUUCCCUGAUGAACAAACAAACAGUUUGGAACCAAGGACUGUCUCUUUCAUCAAGAACCUCAUGGAGGAGCAUGGAGGAAGCCUUCGUCUACAGAGCUGCACCGUCUAUUCUUCUGCAGAAAGUCCGUCCUCACUUAGACAAUCACCGCUGAGCUAAGGACAAUUGCUAAUUAGCUAAGCUGAAGUUCCUCAUUCCCUAACCCAGUGGCAUCUGGAUAUCCAGAAGUUUAGGAUCCCCUAGCCCUGGGCUCCUCAUUGUAGGUCAUGGACCCCAACCCUCUGUUCCCAACUCCUCUGCAUGAAUUCCAGUGGUGGCUGGAUGCUCAGGAGUCAGGGAACCCCAGCUUUGGCCUCCCACAUCUUAGGCUCCAUUUCCCCACUCCCUCAGUGGUGUAUGGGUAGUUCCCUCAAGCCCAUCACCCAAUGCAUGCAUAGGAUAAAUGCAGUCUACCGUCUCUGCAUUUUUGCCUGCCCAAGCGGUGUUCCCACACCCCAGCAAUGGGGUUGUGUGAGGACCACACAAACAAUGAAUGAGACUUUUGUUGUCUGUUUAGUAUUCAUACCUAUUUAUCUGGUAUAAUUGAAAUAAUUCUAUUCCUCCCUUCUUUUCUCUUCCUGCCUAUUCUUCCACUCAUCUGUCUGUUCAUUUCUUUGUGAAUCCAUCCAUCCACCUACCCAGCAUCCAUCCAUCAUCCAUCCAUCUAUCAUCUACCCACCCACCAUCCAUCCAUCGACCCACCUACCAUCCACUCACCAUCCAUCCAUAAUCCAUCUAUCUACCCACCAUCCACCCAUCAUCUACCCACCAACCAUCCAUCCAUAAUCAAUCCAUCCACCCACCCACCAUCCAUCCACCCACCCAUUUUUACCCACUGUGUUUAUACUAGGAAAACUGAAACUGGCAUUUAGUGCUUUAGUAAAUAUUUAUUGAAUAAAUGGCUAGAUAUACUGCUGACAAGAAUGGUUUGUAAACCAAUGCAACUUACUGUAGUACUUAAAAAUAGAUAUUAAUUUACUCGGCUUCAGGCGCUAAGUGGGGGUCUAGAAUUAAGAAAUAAUUUGUGAAAAAAACUAGAAGGUGCUCAGUUAAUAAAAGUUAGCGAGUGUGGUUGAGAGACUUUUCGCUCUGCAGCCCAGCUAUGCAGUCUUAGACUUGUGAUCCUUUGCCUUCUUGCAAGUGCGAUGCUUCCUUUGUGUGGGUACCACUAAGCCUGACUGCCAGACGGUUAAAAACUUUUUGUUGAUUCUUUGUGAAUUCCACAUCAGGAUCCCCAAUCCUACUUAUCUUUAACCCUGUUCCUAUGUAUCCACCCUCUGCCCUUGCAACCUCCCCCAAAAAGAAAAGAAAAAAGAAAAGAAGAAAACAACAACAAUCAACAACUCCCCCCAAAACAUAAAAAAUAUCAUCAUGGAAGUUGUAUUGUGUCACAGUACACACUUGACCACACAUUUUUCCUUGCAAAUGUUCAUUGCAAUGGUCAUUGGUCUGGUUUGAGACCUCUGGCUUCUGCUACACUAUCAAUACUGGAUCCUCACCAGGACUCUUCUUGGAUAUCCUGUUGUUGCCCUGUGUCCUGGAGAUCCUGCAGUUUCAGAUAUGUAGGACUAGGCCUUUUCAUGCACCCAGUAGUUCUUGGAUGGGGUAGAUGUUGGGUGGGCCAACUCAUAGCUCUGGAUCUGGGCCUAGGAGGAGUUGAGUUGGUUAGCCUGCCAGCUCUCCUGCACAGCACCACCAGGGUAAGCUCUCCAGCACUGCUCCAGGUAGCUCAUCCAGUGCUGCAGCUAGCAAGGGGCAGGGUCAGCUCUCCUCUUAUACCCUCAGGUCUGAUGUCUUAGGGUUUAAUUGCUGUGAAGAGACACCAUGACCAGGACAACUCUUUUUUUUUUUUUUUCCAUUUUCUUUUUUCUUCUUCUUGGUUUUCUGCGACAGGGUUUCUCUGUGUAGCCCUGGCUGUCCUGGAACUCACUUUGUAGACCAGGCUGGCCUUGAAUUCAGAAAUUCGCCUACCUCUGCCUCCCAAAUGCUGGAAUUACAGGACAACCCUUAUAAAGGCAAACAUUUAAUUUUGGCUGGCUUACGGUUUCAGAGAUAAAGUCCAUUAUCAUCAUGGCAGAAAGUAUGGCAGCCUGCAGGCAGACAUGGUGCUGGAGAAGGAGCUGAGGGUUCUACAUCUUGGUCUGAAAGCAGCCAGAAGACUCUCUUCAGCAAGCUGCUGGGAGGUGGCUCUCUUCUGCAUGGCCUCUGGUGGUAACAGGGGCAGGGGACAUCGACACAGACCCUGGCUGUGAUAGGACCAUGGACCCAGCCAUGGCAACAGCAUGGGCCCAGAUGUCCCAGUGGCCUUAGGUGGCAGUGCAGGCCACUCAGCACAGACCACAGACAUGUGCUUGGCUUUUGGUGGUAACGCCAGGCACAGGUUUCAACACAGACCUCUCAUGCAGCAGACCCAGACACGGUCCUUUCCUAGAACCUCUCCAUGGCCUCCUCAUAUCCGCCUGUUCCUUACCACCAUCAAGUCCCCAGUUUCAUCUUUAUCUAUAGUAUAUGAACCUCUCUGCUUCAUUCUCUCCCAUCUUCCCACUGUGUACACCAGCUUUCCCAAUUUUUCCAUCACAUAUUUGCCCAUAAUAAUGUGGCACUUGGAGCAAGCUCUUGCAUGUCUUUCUUCUGGCUGGGGUGGCCACUUGGGUGUUUUUCUUCUGGCUGUUCCAGGAUGGCCUGGCUUGAGUGGGCAUUUGGGUGAAUUUCUUCCACCCUCCUCAGGCCAUAGGGACCAGGGUGGGCAUCUUUCUUUGGGCUACCCCAGGCCAGUGGGAAUCAAAUGGGCUGACUUCUAGAUUUAUUUAUUUAUUUGUUUAUUUAUUUUUUUGUAGUGGUGGUCCCUGAGAGCUCUAGGGGUACUGGGUGGUUCAUAUUGUUAUUCCUCCUAUGGGGCUGCAAACCUCUUCAGUUCCUUGGGUCCUUUCUGGAGGACCAAUGGGGACCCUGUGCUCAGUCCAGUGGUUGGCUGAGAGCAUCUGCCUCUGGAUUUGUCAGGUACUGGUAGAGCCUCUCAGGAGACAGCUAUAUCAGGCUCCUGUCAGCAAGCACUUGUUGGCAUCCACAAUAGUGUCUGGGUUUGGUGGUUGUAUAUGGGAUGGCUCCCCAGGUGGGGCAGUCUCUGGAUGGCCUUUCCUUCAGUCUCUGCUCCAUACUUUGUCUCUGUAUCUCCUCCCAUGGGUAUUUUUGUUCCCUCUUCUAAGAAGGAUCAAAGCAUCCAUACUUUGGUCCUCCUUCUUCUAGAGCUUCUGUGGUCUGUGAAUUGUGACUUCUAGAUUUUUAAACAUUCAUCUGCUAAAUACUAGUCAAAUGUAUUUUCAUCUUUAAGUCUGUAGAAUUUAGAGCUUUCAUUUCAGUGACAAUUUGUUCUGGUCUUCAUGUCCCCAGCUCCCCAACUGUCUUCUUCAAGCUUAUAUUUUUCACUGUAAAUAUUAUACUUAAAGUUACCCUUUUAAAGGUGUAUAACAAAUUUCUUAACAUUUUUAACAAGUGUUAUCUUUAAAAUUUUUUUUUAUUUCUUACAAGCUUCUGAAAUCUUCAUAUCUAAUUUAUGAUGCAUCAAAGAUAAUUUAUGUAUUAGGUUUCUGUUCUACUCCUUUCUGUUUUUGUGACAAUAUUUUGGCAAAAAGCUACUUAUAGGAAAAUGUUUUACUUUAGCUCAUAAUUCCAGGUUAUAAUCUGUCACUGUGGGUAAGUCACAAUGACAGGAGCUUGAAGCAGCUUAUUACACUGUAUCCACAGCCAAGACCAGAGAGAAGUAAAUGCAUGUAUGUUCAUAUGUGUAUGUUCAUGCGUGUAUGUUCAUACGUGUAUGUUCAUGCGUGCUUGCUUGUGUUCAGAAACAGAAGCAUGUUCAUGCAUAGCUCAGGAUUUCCUGCCCGUGUGUCAGUGCCUAAAGCAGUGAAUGGAGUUAAGACCAUCCGCCACAGACAUGCUUCCAGGCUAACCCAGAGUAGACUGUUCUCCACUGAGACACUGUUCCCACGGGAUUCUAGCUUAUGUCAGGUUCAUAGUUAAAGCUAGCUAGCACAGUCUUUAAAAAAAAUUCCCUUCUUUAAAAAAAAAAUGUCAAUGGUGGGCUUGAGAGGAGGUUCAGUGUUUAGACAGCAGCUUCUCUUGUAGAGCGCCUGGGUUCUGUUCCUAGCACCCACAUGAUGGCUCACAGCCAUCUGUAACUCCAGUUUCUAGGGGUCAGAUGCCCUCUCCUGACCUUUGUGAACACUGGGCACUCAACUGGCACACAUACAUACAUGCAGGCAGAACGUUCAGACGCAUAAAAUUAAAAAAAAUAGCUAAAAAAUAAUCUAAAAGAUUUUCAGUAUUAUUCAGACAGUAGAUUGAAUAUAUAAUUAGAGAUUUAAGAAAUGCAUUUAUUAUAUUAUUUUAUGUGUUUUUUCCCCUACUCUAGUAGAGUGAAAGCAUCUUGCUUAAGGAAAGGUUUUGUGCCAUAUUUAUCUUUAUAUUCACUCUUAACUUAAUGCAUUUGAAUUUUAUACAACUAGGUUAAUGUCUAUGACAUUGAACCUUGAGCUUAAUUUUUCUGAACUGUAAAAAGUCAAUUAAUUUUGGAAAUACUACUUUACAAAAAUGUUUACAUUGUCAUUGAAAAAUUUCCAUCCUAUCUUUAUACACAUGGAACUUUUGCCUGUAUAUAUAUAUGUCUGUACUCCAUGUGCGGUGUCCUUGCAGCUGAGAAGAGAGUGUUGGAUUCCCUGGAACAGGAAUUACAGUUGGUUGUGAGCUGCUAUGUGGAUACUAGGAAUCAAACCCUGUUCUUCUGGAAGAACAUCUCCCAGCCUCAUUGAAUUGUCUUUUAAAUAUCACGUGAAAAUUUUUCUGCAUAUAAAAAUCAUAUAGGGCUGGUGAGAUGGCGGUUAAUAACACUGGCUGUUCUUCUAGAUUUCCGAAGUUCAAUUUCCAGCAACCACAUGAUGCCUCACCAUUUAUAAAGGGAUCUGUUGCCCCCUUCUGGCAUGUAGGUGUACAUGCAGACAGAGCACUCCUACAUUUAAAUAAAUAUAUAAAUUAAAAAAUAUGUGAAAUAAACAAGUGUUCUAAUGUAAGCAUGUUUUGUUGAAAUUUAUGAUGAUGUUUUCCUAUAGGAUAUAAAUUACAGUGGGCUAGAUUCAUGUAAUUAAGGAAAUAGUUCUUGUGAGAGGUGUAGGAAGCUAUCUGUUGUAAUCUGCGCUUUUCAGGCUUUACUCCAAAGAGGAAUAAUAAGUGUAAGUAUGACAUUUUUGCUUCUUUCCAGGAUCUCUUCAGUGAAAACUCUCUCUUCAAGUUCCUUAAAAUUUGUUGUGAAGUUUCUGGGUAGCUUUGAUGUGUUCUCUGAAAAUCAGUUCUUCUGUUGUCAAAUGUCUUUAGUUCUUAUAUUUGGAAUAAACAUAAAUGUAGCUAGAUCUGAAUUCAGCUUUCAUCCGUAUUGCUGACACACUGAGUUACCCUGGCAAGUUCGUUGUAUCUUUUAAACAGGGAUAAGAAUAUAUGUCUCUUUGGAUUGAUGUGUAGAUUUAAGUAAAAACCAUAAUCCAGUGCUUGAUAAUAAAUAGUAACAUUUUUUUCUUAUUGCUGGUAAUAAAACAAAUUCUGUUAAAUAUUAUUGCUGUAGUUGAUGCUUCUGAAGGUGUCUGUCCUGGAAUACGAGAAUGACCUGAGACCACUGUUGCCAACAGCACUGUGGCAAAGCGUUUGUCAGAGUUUGGUCAGCCUCACCGUUAGUUUAAGGAGUUCAGAGCUCCUCCGAGGAAACAGUAGUUCUCUCUUUUCUUAAAAUGGGUCAUUUUGAAAGGAGAAUUCAGAAUAGUUAGUGGAAAUAUGUAGACUCAUAACUCUACCAUCACUUUAGUAGAUACAUCACAAUAUAA